AAAUCGCGGGGCCGUUAACAAGGAUUUAGAUGCAUAGUGCGCGCGCCACGGAGCCAUGGGAACUCGCCGGGUCAAUUAGCUGCGUCGCAUAGCCACAUGAACAGAAGACAGAUAGACGGACGGGGGCUCGCAGAGGCCCUGGGUGAAGCGGAAAAACGGAACAGCGCACGACAAGAGUGCAGCUUUCAGGACCCCAGAGAAAGGAGACUAACCGCCUCGCGCCAGGAUGCAGGGACUGAGCUCACGAGCCCACGCUUUCUCCGUGGAAGCGUUGGUCGGUAAAACGAUAAAGAGGAUGAAGAAGGAGAACGGGAAGGACCCGAGCUCACCGGGAGACACAGAGACGGAGACAAGCUCUGUUCGACAGGAGACAUACGAGCACGAUUACCCAAACGACCAGAGGAGGAAGGCUGGUAACACGCCAAGAAGGCUGGGAGAGUGCGACUCUGAGCCGGGGAGAGAAGAAAGGACAAGGACGGGAGAUAGUGACUCUAACCCGGGUAGAGAGGAGAGAGAGGUCCGGGUGGAGCUCCAGGGAUCGGAUCUGUGGACCAGGUUCCAUGAGAUCGGGACAGAGAUGAUUAUUACCAAAGCCGGCAGGAGGAUGUUCCCGUCCUUGCGCGUAAAGGUGCGUAACUUGGACCCGUGCCAGCAGUACUACAUCGCCAUGGACGUUUUGCCCGUCGACUCCAAACGAUACAGGUAUGUGUACCACAGCUCUCAGUGGAUGGUGGCAGGAAAUACGGACCACUCCUGCAUCGCGCCGCGCUUGUAUAUGCACCCGGACUCCCCGUGCGUGGGCGAGACGUGGAUGCGUCAGGUGAUCAGCUUCGAUCGGGUCAAACUGACCAACAACGAGAUGGAGGACAAGGGACACAUCAUUCUACAGUCAAUGCAUAAGUACAAGCCUCGCGUCCAUGUGAUCCGCCACAACCCCCGGCUGGACCUAUCAAAAAUCCCCUCGCUGCCCACUGAGGGUAUGGCCAGCUUCUCCUUCCCAGAGACAGAGUUCACCACCGUGACAGCCUAUCAGAACCAACAGAUCACCAAAUUGAAGAUUGACAGGAACCCAUUCGCUAAGGGCUUCAGAGACCCAGGACGGAACAGGGGCGUGUUGGACGGCCUCAUGGAGUCCUAUCCCUGGAGUCUGGAGUUCAAACCAUUUACUCUACAGCUACAAGGAGGUAGCUGUGGGUCUCCAAGCAACUGCACUUCUCCUCUGAAGAGCCUUGUCCCUCUCUCCUGUCCUCUGACCUCUCACCCCUUCACCCUCUCCUCCUUCUCCUGCCCCAACACCAGCCUGCACUCCUUUUGUCUUCCCCUCUGCUGCAAGACCUCCCCCUUCUCCCCCAUUUCCCCCCUGCCGGCCAGACCCUCCCCUUCCCCGCGACGCUACUCCCCCCUGCCACCCCUCCUUUCGGCCCUGCCGGGGAAGAAGGCUCCAGGCUUCAGUGCUCUGUGUCUUCAGGGGGGCAUUCCCGGACAUCCACCCAGCCUGCAGCCACACCCCCUACAGGCCCCUCCCUCUCACAGCUCCCCGCGGGGACCCGGCCCUCACUACCCUCACCGCUCCCACUCAGACCCAGCUCCCCCGUACUGUCUGUACCGCUCUAGUCUACCCAGAAACGCUCACCUCGCUGCUUUCUCAUGCCACGCCAAACUGGCUGACAGCACCACAGACUGUCUGCUACGCCAGACACCCUGGAACACCACCAUCAACCACUGCCUCUGACCUCUAACCCCUGACCCUUCCUUACCCUUACCCUAACCUAGCAAUAACAAGUAGCCCUUAUCCUAGAAACCAUAGCGCCAGGUAGAUGUAUCAGACCAUCAUCUACUAGAGCUGUAUCAGACCAGCAUCUACUAGAUCUGUAUCAGACCAUCAUCUACUAGCGCUGUAUCAGACCAUCAUCUACUAGAGCUGUAUCAGACCAUCAUCUGCUAGAGCUGUAUCAGACCAUCAUCUGCUAGAGCUGUAUCAGACCAUCAUCAUCUACUAGAGCUGUAUCAGACCAUCAUCUACUAGAGCUGUAUCAGACCAUCAUCUACUAGAGCUGUAUCAGACCAUCAUCUGCUAGAGCUGUAUCAGACCAUCAUCUGCUAGAGCUGUAUCAGACCAUCAUCAUCUACUAGAGCUGUAUCAGACCACCAUCAUCUACUAGAGCUGUAUCAGACCAUCAUCUACUAGAGCUGUAUCAGACCACCGUCAUCUACUAGAGGUGUAUCAGACCAUCAUCAUCUACUAAAGCUGUGUCAGACCACCAUCAUCUACUAGAGCUGUAUCAGACCAUCAUCUACUAGAGCUGUAUCAGACCAUCAUCUACUAGAGCUGUAUCAGACCAUCAUCAUCUACUAAAUCUGUAUCAGACCACCA